UGCGGCCGCCCCCAUCCCUUCCCCGAGCCUGGGGUGGGUCCCCGGCCGACACACUCAGGAGGGGCCGCGCCCCCGUCCCCUACGCGCUCACAAACGCCUUGGUCGCCCGAACCUUCGGCCCCGCAGCGUUCGGCUGCAGGACGGCGACACUGCAGGGCCCCAGCUCUGCGCGCUGCGCUCCGGCCCGUCGGCGCGGGAGGACGCGCGGCGGCGCCUGCCUCGGUGGCCGCGCGGGGUGGGAGCAUUUCAGAGAGCCCAAGCCAUGGUGGCCAAACAGCGGAUCCGGAUGGCUAACGAGAAGCACAGCAAAAACAUCACCCAGAGGGGGAACGUAGCCAAAACCCUGAGGCCGCAAGAGGAGAAGUAUCCUGUGGGACCAUGGCUGUUGGCACUGUUUGUUUUUGUUGUCUGUGGCUCAGGUCAACCACAUAAACUGGCCUUUCCUGCAGACUGCCAGAACUUUCUCAAGACUGUAACAUCCAGAGGGAGUCACCCCCACCCAGGACCGGCAAGUGGGAUGUUUAAGGAACUGGCCGGCCCCGGACGAAAGACUGAGGCCAUUCAUCUGCUCUGGAGUUCAUCCUCGGGAUCUGAGAGGCACAGCCUGGAGAAGACACCGCAUCAGCCAUCGGCUCCCUUAAGUGGGAGUGCUCCUAGCAUGUUAAAGCCUAAAGACUUUGGUGAAAGGAGGAGGUUGAAAAAAGAGAAAUGGGAUCAUCUAAGGUUACCAAGGGCCAGGAUCCUUGACACAGCUAUCUUUCAGAUCAUUCAGAGCAUAAGGAUGGGCAUGUGAGAAGGCCAGGGAUUUGACACCACCUCCCUCCCACUGGAGAGGGGAGGACCACGGAAGCGGUCAGCCAGUUUCUGCGGGAAGCAAGCAGGCCACACGGAAUAGAAAAAAUCGCUCCCCCACUUGUUCCUUGAUCACUUCAUUGUGGAUGUCAGACCAAAUUGCCUUCUCACAGGACAUCUUGGUGCAUCCGUGUUCUCAAGCGGAAAGGACAUUUUGUUUUUCUGUUGGCAGGAUUAGUAGCCACGCGGGUCGUCCGCAGCAGUGCUGUCUUUUUGGCUUUUCCCUUGGUUUCACUAAUGUGUGCAUGUGGCCCUCUGAACGAUCACUGGUUUACUUUCUAUGGAUACAAUCUCUCCCCCAUUGAGAAUUGGUUUUACAAAUAAAUGCCUUCGUUCAACCUUA